AUGUCGUCUAUGCUAUCUUACUUACCCGAGCAGGAAACCUACGUGGAACAAAACGCUAGUGCACAAGUAUACAUGAAACUUAAACUAUACGUCAACGGACUUCGAACUCAGCCGACACCCUCUAGUUCUUUCCCUCUCUGCAUUUCACCUUGGAGAAACCCUUGUCUGCCUCACAAAACCUCAACUCCCUUCCACCUUCACCCUCUCAUCUAUCUAAACUCCGAUCACCGGAGUGAGAUCCGGCGGCCACACCCCAUCGCCGAUGAUCGGCGGGACUCACACACUCACCCACCGUCCUCCUCCUCCUCCUUAACACCCCAACUCCCACCGGUCACCCACCCUUACCCACUGUACACGAACCCCUCAAAAAUCAGGAGAGCCGCCUUGUGCGGCGGCGAGAUCGGAGUUCGAAGAGAGAGAGAGAGAGACGGACCGGAGAGGAAGAAGGGGGCGGCGGUGACGGACCCGGGAACCAGAUUCGGGCGACGGCGAUGUAUAUUCCGGCAGCCGCAAAACACACCGUUCGGGUUCUCGGUCAGAUUACGGUCACGUCAGUUUCAGUUCAAGGUUCAGUCUCGUGUCAGAUCCGGUUCAAGUCUUGGGUCAGAUUGCAGUUUUGGUUUAGACGGCUGUGAUUCGGGUUAUGUUUGGCUCAAGUUUUGGUUCGGUGCACGUGGUUCAGGCUCGAGUGUUGUUUGGUUGUUUCGGGUUCACGCUCGGUUCAGGUUCAGAUGUUACAGGUCUGCAGCUUCGGGUCAACUGGUCAACGGCUCGGUCAAAGAUGGUCAGAACCAGUCAACACGAGUCAAAGCUCAGGUCAACAGUUAAACUUGGUCAAACCCGAGUCAACUCGGGUCAACAGCGGUGAACUCGAAGAACCGGUAACAAACUAGAAGUGGCGAGUUAACAUACGUUAGUUUAGAUUUUUAAUAGUUAUACGCGACCGAGCUCGACCCGACUUGAUUACUUACUAGUUUAGGUUUUGAUAUCUUGGCGAAAACUACAUUUUGAUUACAUUGCGUUGAUUAUUGUUGAAUUUUGAUAAAAUAUAUCGACACGUUAGUUGUCGGGUUGUUCCAAAAA